UCCGCUCCGUUAGUUCGCCAGCGCACGCACCGCCUACGGGCGCCUGAGCUGGACGCGCGUUGCCGAGGGAGGCAAACUGUGAGAGUCGGCGGCCAGGCAUCCGCUAGGGGCAGCCCGUUGCGCCCGCUUCUCCCGCAGAAGUUCGGUGACCCCCCACGUGCUUCCUCUUCGCUCCUGGCUGGAGUCCGCCCGGCUCUGGGCGCAGUGAUAGUUUUUCACCAUGCAUCGGAAGAAAGUGGAUAACCGAAUCCGGAUUCUCAUUGAGAAUGGGAUAGCUGAGCGGCAGAGGUCUCUCUUUGUUGUGGUCGGAGAUCGAGGAAAGGAUCAGGUGGUCAUACUCCAUCACAUGUUGUCCAGAGCAACUGUGAAGGCUCGGCCUUCUGUGCUGUGGUGUUAUAAGAAAGAGCUGGGGUUUAGCAGUCAUCGGAAGAAAAGAAUGCGACAGCUGCAGAAAAAAAUAAAGAGCGGGACGCUGAACAUAAAGCAAGAUGACCCCUUUGAACUCUUCGUAGCUGCCACAAACAUUCGCUACUGCUACUACAAUGAGACCCACAAGAUCCUGGGCAAUACGUUUGGCAUGUGUGUUCUCCAGGAUUUUGAAGCUUUGACUCCAAACUUGCUGGCCAGGACUGUAGAGACAGUGGAAGGUGGUGGGUUGGUGGUUAUCCUGCUACGGACCAUGAACUCACUCAAGCAGUUGUACACGAUGACCAUGGACGUGCAUUCAAGAUACAGGACGGAGGCCCAUCAGGAUGUGGUGGGAAGAUUUAAUGAGAGGUUUAUUCUUUCUCUGGCCUCGUGUAAGAGGUGUCUCGCCAUCGAUGACCAGCUCAACAUCCUGCCCAUCUCCUCCCAUGCCGCCAGCGUUGAGGCCCUCCCUCCCCAGACCCCGGAGGAGAGUCUUGGGCCUUCUGGUCUGGAGCUGAAGGAGCUGAAGGAGAGCUUGCAGGACACCCAGCCUGUGGGCGUGUUGGUGGAGUGCUGCAAGACCCUAGACCAGGCCAAAGCUGUCUUGAAAUUCAUUGAGGGGAUCUCGGAAAAGACCCUGAGGAGUACUGUUGUGCUCACAGCUGCCCGAGGAAGGGGAAAAUCUGCAGCCCUGGGAUUGGCUAUUGCUGGGGCGGUGGCUUUUGGGUACUCCAAUAUCUUUGUUACCUCUCCGAGCCCGGAUAACCUCCACACUCUGUUUGAAUUUGUAUUUAAAGGAUUUGAUGCUCUGCAGUAUCAGGAGCAUCUGGAUUAUGAGAUCAUUCAGUCUCUAAAUCCUGAAUUUAACAAAGCCGUGAUCAGAGUGAACAUAUUCCGGGAACACAGGCAGACCAUUCAGUAUAUACAUCCUGCAGAUGCUGUGAAACUGGGCCAGGCUGAACUUGUUGUGAUCGAUGAAGCUGCUGCCAUCCCCCUCCCCCUGGUGAAGAGCCUUCUGGGGCCCUACCUUGUGUUCAUGGCAUCCACCAUCAACGGCUACGAGGGCACUGGCCGGUCUCUGUCCCUCAAGCUAAUUCAGCAGCUCCGUCAACAGAGUGCCCAGAGCCAGGUCAGCACCACCGCUGAGAACAAGACCACGACGACUGCCAGACUGGCAUCAGUGCGAACACUGCAUGAGGUUUCCCUGCACGAGUCGAUCCGAUACGCCCCUGGGGAUGCAGUAGAGAAGUGGCUGAACGACCUGCUGUGCCUGGAUUGCCUCAACAUCACUCGGAUCAUCUCUGGCUGCCCCUUGCCUGAAGCCUGUGAGCUCUACUAUGUUAAUAGAGAUACCCUCUUUUGCUACCACAAAGCCUCUGAGAUUUUCCUCCAACGGCUUAUGGCCCUCUACGUGGCUUCUCAUUACAAGAACUCUCCUAGCGAUCUCCAGAUGCUUUCUGAUGCGCCUGCUCACCAUCUCUUCUGCCUCCUGCCUCCCGUGCCCCCCACCCAGAAUGCCCUUCCUGAAGUGCUUGCUGUCAUCCAGGUGUGCCUCGAGGGGGAGAUUUCUCGCCAGUCCAUCUUGAACAGCCUGUCUCGAGGCAAGAAGGCUUCGGGGGACCUGAUUCCAUGGACAGUGUCGGAACAGUUCCAAGACCCAGACUUUGGCGGCCUUUCGGGUGGAAGAGUGGUUCGCAUUGCUGUUCACCCGGAUUAUCAAGCGAUGGGCUAUGGCAGCCGAGCCCUGCAGCUGCUGCAGAUGUACUAUGAGGGCAGAUUCCCUUGUCUCGAGGAAAAGGUCCUGGCGCCCUCGCAGGAAAUGCACACCGUCAGCAGUGAGGCGGUCAGCUUGCUGGAAGAGGUCGUCACUCCCCGGAAGGACCUGCCUCCCUUACUUCUCAAACUGAACGAGAGGCCUGCCGAGCACCUGGACUACCUGGGGGUGUGCUACGGCUUGACCCCCAGGCUCCUCAGGUUCUGGAAACGAGCUGGCUUUGUCCCUGUUUAUCUGAGACAGACCCCGAAUGACCUGACCGGAGAACACUCGUGCAUCAUGCUAAAGACGUUGAUGGACGAGGAUGAGGCCGACCAGGGUGCCUGGCUCUCUGCCUUUUGGAAAGAUUUCCGAAGGCGAUUCCUAGCCCUGCUGUCCUACCAGUUCAGCACCUUCUCUCCUUCCCUGGCCCUGAACAUCCUUCAGAACAGGAACAUUGGGAAACCCGUGCAGCUGGCCCUGUGCCGGGAGGAGCUGGAAGCACUCUUCCUCCCCUAUGACCUGAAGAGGCUGGAGAUGUAUUCACGGAACAUGGUUGACUAUCACCUCAUCAUGGACAUGAUCCCGGCCAUCUCCCGGCUGUAUUUCCUGAACCAGCUGGGGGACCUGGCCCUGUCUGCUGCCCAGUCGGCUCUUCUCUUGGGGAUUGGCCUGCAGCACAAGUCUGUGGACCAGCUGGAAAAGGAGAUCGAGCUGCCCUCAGGCCAGUUGAUGGGACUUUUCAACCGGAUCAUCCGCAAGGUUGUGAAGCUGUUUAAUGAAGUGCAGGAGAAGGCCAUCGAGGAGCAAAUGGUGGCAGUGAAGGCCGUGGUUAUGGAGCCCACGAUGAAGACGCUGAGUGACGACCUGGACGAAGCAGCAAAGGAGUUCCAGGAGAAACACAAGAAAGAAGUGGGGAAGCUGAAGAACCUGGACCUCGCUCAAUACAUAAUCCGUGGGGACGAUGAAGAAUGGAAUGAAGUUUUGAACAAAGCCGGGCAGAAUGCCUCGGUUGUCAGCCUGAAAAGUGACAAGAAAAGGAAGUUGGAAGCCAAACAAGAACCCAAACAGAACAAAAAGUUGAAGAAAAACAGAGAUGUGAAGAACAAAAAAGACACAAAACUGAAGUGGAAGAAAUAGUGGAGAGUAACUUGGGUGUUGGUGGCUGACUCGGACUCCUGCUAAGGAGAAGUUCACUGUCUUCUUUGGCUGCCGACAGCCUGGAGCAGGCAGCGGACGAGAGGCGCCCCAUGCUCCGGAGCAGCGGCCCGACGAGGAGGCCCGGCCGCCGGGGCAAGUGAGGUGACCAGACACACCCCCAUUUCUGUUCUAGUCCUCCUGGCCCCUUGGAGAAUGUCUGAUGUUUUUCUAUUUAUUUAAGUGCCUGCUUUAGAGCGUGUUUCUGCUACACGCAGGCUCAAAAGGGUCCCACCCCUCCCUUAUCUCACCUUCCCUUCAACCGUCUGCCCCCCAAAAAGAGAAAAUAUGGCUGAGCUCCCGUCUGGAGCCAGGUGCUGACUAGAUCUUGCCUCUUAGGCUGCGUGCUUGACUGAGGCACGUCCCGCAGGGCUGGGGGACUUGUGGGGAGGGUGGACACGGACCUCUGCGGGGGAUCCCCUGCAGGUGGCGAGUGCUGGGGAGGGACCACCCCGCAAGCUCCCUCAGGGGCCUCGGACCAGGAGGAUGGUGCUGAGGGGCGCGUCUCCUCCCCAAGGCCCCCAGAGGGCGCCAUGGUCCGUGCUGAGCCCUCUCCCCACAGAGGCCAGGGCCCCAGGCUGCCCUGCCUGGGCUCCACCAAGCAAAGCCCACAGCAGGCCUUUCCCGGGACUGACCCCGUGCGGUCUUCACGUUGUCCCCCAGCUCCUGAGUCCUGGCCUGUCGGUCACCGAACCACAGCCACUCCAGUCAGUGUUCCCAGCGGCCUUAGGAAUUUCUCUGCCUGCUGCAGGCAGGAAACAUUUUUCAAAGCCUUUAUUUCUGCCUGGACUUCACACCUAAGACAAACUACAGCCGACCCCAGAAAACCCUUGGGCUUGAAUCACUGGCUUCCGGUCCUCCCUGCAUUAACAGGUAACACAGCCAGCUUGGGCUCAGCAGGGUCCCUCCUCAGGCCCCCCUCUUCCUGUGCUGAGCCACACAGAUUUUGACUGUGUGAGGGAGGGUUUGCAAACAACUAUCCCAGCAGCCCCCUGCAUCAGGGGUGUGGGGAACCUGGCCUCGGGGCAGAUCAGCAAAGCCCUCUGGCAGCUGUCUUUCUAAACAGUUUUAAGUAUAGUUGAUUUACAAUGUUAAUUUCUGCUCUACAGCAAAGUGAUUCAGUUAUAUAUAUAUAUAUAUAUAUAUAUAUAUAUAUAUAUAUAUAUUCUUUUUUGUAUUUUCCAUUAUGGUUUAUCAUAGGAUAUUGAAUCUAGUUCCUGUGCUGUUCAGUAGGACCUAGUUGUUGAUGCCUUCUGUAUAUAAUGCUUUGCGUCUGCUAAUCCCAAACUCCCAGUUUACCCCUCCCCCACAGCCCUCCCCCGUGGCAACCAGAGGUCUGUGCUCUGAGUCCAUUUCAUAGAUACGCUCAUUUGUGUCGUAUUUUAGAUUCCACAUAUAAGUGAUAUCAUAUGGUAUUUGUCCUUCUGUGUCUGACUUCACUUAGUACGAUAAUCUCUAGGUCCAUCUGUGUUGCUGAGUUCUUUUUCAUGGCUGAGUAAUAUUCCAUUGUAUGUAUGUUCCACAUGUUCUUUAUCCAUCUGUCCAUGGACGUUUAGGUUGUUUCCAUGUCUUGGCUAUUGUAAAUAGUGCUGCUGUGAACAUAGGGGUGCAUGUAUCUUUUUGAAUUAUAGAUUUUUUUGGAUAUAUACCCAGGAAUGGGAUUGCUGGGUCAUAUGGCAACUCUGUGUUUAGUUUUUGAGGAACCUCCAUACUGUUCUCCAUAGUGACUGUACCAAUUUACAUUCCCACCAACAGUGUAGGAGGGUUCCCUUUUCUCCACACCCUCUGCAGCAUUUAUUGUUUGUAGACUUUUUGAUGAUGGCCAUUCUGACGGGGUGAGGUGGUACCUCAUUGUAGUUUUGAUUUGCAUUUCUCUAAUAAUUAGCAUCUUUUCAUGUGCCUACUGGCCAUUUGUAUGUCUUUGGAGAAAUGUCUCUUUAUGUCUUGUGCCCAUUUUUCGAUUGGGUUGUUUGUUUUUUGAUAUUGAGCUGUAUGAGCUGUUUGUAUAUUUUGGAAAUUAAGCCCUUGUUGGUCACAUCAUCUGUGAAUAUUUUCUCCCAGUCUGUAGGUUGUUUGUUUCAUCGAUGGUUUCCUUUGCUUUGCAAAAGCUUAUUAAGUUUGAUUAGGUCCCAUUUGUUUAUUUUUGCUUUUAUUUCUGUUGCCUUGGGAGACUGACCUAAGAAAACAUUGGUAUAAUUUAUGUCAGAGAAUGUUUUGCCCAUGUUCUCUUUUAGGAGUUGUAUGGUGUCAUGUUUUAUAUUUAAGUAAGUCUUUAAGCCAUUUUGAGUUUAUUUUUGGGUAUGGUGUGAGGGUAUGUUCUAACUUCAUUGAUUUGCAUGCAGCUGUCCAGCUUUCCCAACACCACUUGCUGAAGAGAUUGUCUUUUUUCCACUGUAUAUUCUUGCCUCCUUUGUUGAAGAUUAAUUGACCAUAGGUGAGUGGGUUUAUUUCUGGGCUGUCUGUUCUGUUCCACUGAUCCAUAUGUCUGUUUCUGUGCCAACACCAUGUUGUUUUAAUUACUGUAGCUUUGUAGUAUUGUCUGAAGUCUGGGAGGGUUAGGCCUCCUGCUUUCUUUUUCCUCAGGAUUGCUUUGGCUAUUCUCGGUCUUUUGUGGUUCCAUAUAAAUUUUAGGAUUAUUUGUUCCAGUUCUGUGAAAAAUCUGACAGCUGUCUUAUUCCUGGCAUUGUGUUCCCGUCCUUCCAGUCCAGCUCAGUGGCACUUAAGUGCUUAACGAAUGGGAACACACCUACCCCAUUUGACAGAACAGGAAAACUAAGGCCCAGUGAGGGCUGGACCCAGGCUCGGGUACUAAAUAGGGUAGGACAGGGGUUGGCAGGUGGCCACAGCACAGCUUCCAGCAGGGGUUCUUUCCCUCUGAGACAUGAGUGCCCCAAGUAACCAGGGAAUCGGCUCUGGGUUCUCUUCCUGGUCCUAAAUGGGCUCCUCCCCAGCUCUGAACUUUGGGUAACCCUCUAUCAGGAGCCAUGAGGCCAAGGUCAUUGUUAACAAGUGUUUAUUGUUAAUAAAACCAUAGUACAUUUACAAUAAGUGACAACAUUAAUAUAUAGUUACAGUAUCGUACAAUAUUACAGCAAUAAAAUAACGCCUAUUCCUUUGUACAUCCAGCUCAAGCAGCUAGUUGAAAAUAUUUUCCACGGUUGCAAGCCCCCAGGGGUUUUUCAAGGUGACCGAAGUGACACCUCCUAAAGUGCCUGGGGCUUCUGGUGAAUAAAUAGUUUCUAAGGUACGGCCAGACAGCUGAAGGCGACAUCCAGCACAAGCUGUCCAGAAGGUGCCCCCAGUGUCUGGCCCAUAAAUACGACAAGGGUCUAGGCCCAACGAUGUGUCUCCACCCCAGGGGAGCCUGGAGCCUGCAGAAUGUCAGGGGCAGGUAGCGGGGAAGAAGUAGAAGGGCCUCCUCUCCCAGUCCUUCCCUUCCACCCCUGCCCCGUCCUUUAAAUCCCUAAGACCCGCAGUUCCCAGUGGGAAGUGUGGGCCCUGCUCUCCAAUCCAAAUUAAAGGACUUUUUCACUGGAGAAACUGGACCAGGGGGGCCGUUUGGGGCUCUGCCUCCGGAGCCCACAGAGGCAGCCUAAUUCUAGGCUUGGGAUUUCAGCAUCGACCCUGAAAACAGCAGCAACAAAAGCUGAGGCCACCAGGCUCCUCCACUGUACCCCACGCCACUCUUGGCUCAGACCAAAAGCGUUAAAGGCGUUCAGGGGAACGAACUGCCUUCUGCCAACCACUCUCUGAGCAGGACGGCGACUCCCCCCGCACCGGCCCGACCCCGACUCCAAAGGAGGCCAGACACCAAGAGAACGGACUCCAAGUGACCCUCUGUGCACGAUCCCCGGCCCCCUGGAGGCCCACGUCGUCUUUCAAAGGCACAGCCCUGAAUAAGUUCAGGGUUUGGGCAGCCUUUCGGACGUGACAUUGAGGGAAAAUACCAAGUUUUGACUGAAAUGGCCCGGGGCCCAGACAGAACAUACGUUCUGUACACUCAUAAGGAUGCCCACACCCCCGAAGAGCCCCAGUUUGGACAGUCUGAGCUGCCUGAGGCCCCAGGGGGAGGGCACGAUCUGAAGCUGUGUCGAGCAGAGCUGAAUCAGGAUCACAUGAGGGUGAGUGCAUGGCGGCCCUCAAGGUGCGAGCCGUAGGUGUCGGGGAGGGGUUGGGGGAAGAGCCACCUUUUGGCCACACCUGCCCUUGGCCCAUCACUGGUUGAGCCAGUGGUUAGUUCUGGGCCUGCCCAGGUCUGGCUCCAAGAGGGCCUGUAACCAGCCUCCACCCAGCAGCGCCCCAGCGUGUCCACAGGCCCCGGCUACGUGCUGGCCCAGGCACCCCGGGAAGCACUUGCUCCCGGCCCUUCCCACCCGCUAGGAUGCCUGGCGACAGAGCCUGGCCCAGAGCCAGCCAUCCCCCAACCUCACACACGUGAGGUGACGUAGAGAGAGUGCACGCGCUCCGCCAGGGUGCUCUGCAGGUCCUGCAGGGGGUCCAGGCCCUGCACUUUGCUGCUGCGGCCGUAGAUGAGCUGCCGGAAGGAGUCCUGCUCGAGCAGGGCCUUCAUGUGCUUGAGGAAGAAGCCCUCACAGAACAGGGCCAGUUCGGGGGCGCUGUGGAUCUGUGGGGCAGGGAGAGGGAGGGGGUGAGACCCACUAUGUCAGCACAGCCCUGCCUGAAACCUCCCCCUACCCUCACCUCCAAAUAGUACCCAUGGGCUAAGGCCCAGCUUCAAGCCUCAACCUGGGGGAGGCAUGUCCUAUCUCUUGGGGUGACUGGCCCCUUAUCUGAAUUCCUUCCAUAAGCCUCUCCUUGGGGUUAGACUGAUCGGGGUUCAAAUCCCAGCCGUGCCACCAGGAACAUCCCUGAAAUCUUGUUCUUGGCCUAGGUCCCACUGGUGAUGGCUUGUUGAAUGCCAGUCAUCCCUAUUGGAUUGGCAGCUCCCUCACUAAGGGCAGGGACUGCCCACUGUGGUAUGUCCAGCACAAGGCCCAGCACACGAGUGUUCACCUGGUAAACGCUCAGUAACUAUUUCAGGUCAACAAAUAUGGAGUGCCCGCUCUGGGCCAGGUGCUGGGCACAGGCCUCGAGGCCUGCUGUCUCAGAGCUGAUGUUCCAGUUCAGGAAGACAGGGAAGCCAAGGAACCAACCAGGCCAGGAAACCACAGACUGUGGUCAGUGCUGUGAGGACGUGAGAGUGGGUGAAGGGGCAGAGAGGUGUGUGACUUGGGGGAGGCCUGGGGAAAUCAACAGGGCUUGGGAAGAGCUUUACCGGAGGGGAGGGGACAGUGAUCGCAGGAGUUCUGCGGUGGGAAUGAGUUGAGAGACGUGGGCCGCGUGGCUGGGUGAAGGCAGAGGGGCGGCAUCAGAAGGGGAGAUGUGGACAGGGUCCUGGGGCCCACGUAAUGGGCGACAGAUAAGGGCUGGAUUAUUUAGUUUGCAGUGGAAAACCUUUGGAGGGUUUACGUAGGGGAGUGACACGGUCUUUACACUUUUCCAAGAGUCUUGUGGAUUGCAGGGUGAAAGCCAGGAAGUGUGGAGGCCAGGGCAGCAGUUGUCCACGAGAGGGGACAAUGGAGAUGGAGGGAAGGGGAGGGACUGCUGAUGUGUUUCAGGAGCGUUUCUAGAUGUGGCAGAUGACCAUGGCGUUUGCUGAGAGGGGGAAGAAUAAGGAGGGCCGUGCCGGGAAGAAAAUCAAGUAGUGCCUGGGGAGCUGAUUUGACUCAGAGAGGCUCAGCUCCUUGGCCCAGGUCUCACAGCCUGGCGCAGCACGGCUGGGAUGGGAACUGAGAUCCACCCGGCUCACAGCUCAGCUCCCAGGCUGCGAUGCUGCCCCACUGGGCAGCAGUGACGCCAGGCCACAGAGGGACUUACAGUGCCCUUCAAAGCUGCCUGGCCACCUGCAUUUUCUAGCCAGGCAACAGUGGAGCAGAGUGUGUGUUGGGAGGCAGCUGGCGGGCAUCAGGGCUCCUCACCUUGGCAUACUUGUAGGUGUUCACGGCGCUCUCCACGCUCAGGGUCUGGGAGCACAGGAUCUCGCAGUGCCGCUGCAGGGCGUCCAGCUGGAACAAGCUGGCAGCUGACAGCAGCUGGCAGGAGGCAAAGGAGGCCGUGGGUAUGCAUGGCCAGGUCUGCGGCCCAGGCAUCACGGAACAGACCGCUGCUUUGUGCUGUGUGCUCCGCUUCCUCCCGACCUCCAGGGCCCUCCCCCGCUGCCAGUCAAGUCUGGCGGCCUAGAUUUAUUUCUACUCUAGGCUCUCUACGUACUGGCUGGGACACCUCGGGUAGCACCGGAUGGGUGACAGACGCUGCUUGGGAUUUCUGACGUCAGGAGGCCUUCAACUACAAGCUGCCUGCUCAUCUACUUCUAGCCAGGUGCACGGCCAGCAGCGGGUCCGUUCUCUGAGCAGUGACCUGGUGAGGGGAAGGCCUCGCUGCCUUCUGAUCCUCCUGGGCCUUCCGUCCUCAGGGGUGGCCCUCUCUAACCCCGAGGUGUGGCCCGGGAGGCCGGGCUCCGUGGGUGCACAAUUUCCCACUCUCUUGGGAUGGUGCUUCCCGUCGCCAGAAGAGCAAGGACCAGCAGGGAACCAGGAGGUCCUUACAGAGGCCACCUUCCUUCCCUCCUCAUCUCUCCAAGUGCUGUGUUUCUGAGAGCAGGGUUGAGACCUGGAAGAUGUCGCAGGCCGGGGACACAGGCAUGGCGGGACUGGGGGCCAGGCUCAUGGCCUCCCUGCUCCCCCCCCUGGGGCCGGGCAGACCAGCCAGGUCCUCACCUCCAGGAUGUCGCCGGUGGGGAUGUCCAUGGAUUCUGUUCCCCCGUAGUACAGAUACUGCAUCAUCAUCUGUAGGGAGGAGAGGCCCGGUGUGAGCGCCAGAUGGACCCACAGCACCGAAGUCCUCACCCGGCACCCCUGGAGUGCCACUCCAGCCGCUGCCGGCCUCCUGGUGCCCCCUGACCUCUGUAUGCUGACAUCUGCACCUCCCCCGACUCUCGUCAGACAUUUUUGUGUUUUCCCUGGAAUGCGUGUGGCAAGCUUCCUUCCGCAGAGUGGUUUCACUUCAAUCCUCACGACAGACCUGUGAGCCCAGGGGGGCAGAUACUACUCACAGCUGGGGAAACUGAGGCCAGGGAGGGGGGCUGACCCCCCUCCCCAGAACCCUUCCAGCUCACCACCAGGCACCAUGCCGCUCGUUUCUCCUUUUACCGAAAUUCUAAGUCUGGGGCUGGGAGAGGGGGAGGUGGGGCUCUGAGGGGGUGACUGUCUGACGGGCCACCCUCAGGAUCCCAACUCCUGAUCUCCCUGUCGGCGCUAGGCCUCCAUGUGGAGGUGACAGCCAGAUCCCGACUCCCUCCUGGAAAGUAAGUUGCAGAGCUGGGACAGGGAUCUGGUCCAGAGGUCACCUUGCUGACCAGCCCAGGACCUUCAGGAUUCUUGGGAGCAGAGGGCCCUGGGACGCCACAUGAGGUGGCCUGUGGGGAGGGAGGCUAUAUUUUAGUUCCAGUGAGGUCUGAGUUACAAGCUCUGCCAUCAUGCUGGACACUGGGGAGUUUCCCAGUUGGAAAAAGAAAAAUGAUUCUCCCUGGUUGGCUGAAGAAACGGCCCCAGCAAGGAGCUGGCAAGUGUGUAAGUAAACAUGGCUCCAGCCAGCACAGUCAGGCUCUGUUAGGACUGGCCCCCAGGCUGGAAGCGGCACCAGAGGGAAGGAGCCCAACCUGGGGGAGGUGGGGAGUGGGGAGGGCCCACCAGCCUCAUCCAGGCCCAAGGCCUGUCCAGGAGACAUCAGUCUCUCCGCCUCAGAGGAGCGGGGGCCCCCGAAGGCCUUCCCCAGCCCCUGCUGGAGCUCACGUGGCGAUCCUACAGUUACACGUAUGUGUCCAUGUGUCCCACGGCUCCAGGUGGUACCGGGCCCACACCUGGCUUCCUCUGCCAUCCCCAUGCAGCUGAGUGGGUGCUGACCACAGCACCAGCAGGACAGCCCUGAACGCCCAGGGCUGAGAGUGGGGUAGGUCACAUUUGCAGGGAUUCUUUGCUAAGGGAUGGCCUCAGGGCAGCCCCUAGGUGAGAAGGGGCCCAGGGAUAGAGGCUCGGAGACAGGUGACAGCCUGCAGCUCCCCUUCCUGGCCUGGAAGGCAGCCUCCUGCUGCAUUUGGUAGCUGGUUUUGGCCAGGCCCAGGCAUCUCCCUGAGGUCACCUGAAUGCACACGAGUCCACAGGAGUCAGAGCAGAACUGCCCUUUUGGAGGCUGGCUGAGGGAGCUGGGCUGCUGGCGGGCAGCCUGUGGGGCUGGACUGGCCGCCCUGUGAGCAGCUGUCAGGACCGGCUGCAGGGGCUGCCAGGCUUCCUCCUGCCCAGAGUGGGCCACCAGGAAUGUGACCACAGGGAGGCCACUGAUGCUGCAGGGACAGGCCUGGGGUCAAGAGCCACGUCUCAAUGGCAGGGCUCUCCCCCAAAGGCCUGGGUUUAGUCGGCAGUGACCUUGGCAAGUGUCUAGACCGGUGCUAAUGCAAUAGCCACUGGCCAUGUGUGGCUUUUGAGCAUUUGAAACGUGGCUGCUCUGAGUUAACACGUGUUGUGUCAGAGCUGGAUUUUGAACACUUAGUGUGAAAAAAAGAAUGUAAAACAUUUCAUUAAUUUUUUAUAUGUUGAAAUGACACUAUUUUGGCUAUAUUAAGUUAAAUAAUAUUAAAAUUCAUUUCACCUGU